AUGGUUCAACAAUUAAUUUGGAAAUUUCAUGUCUGUCGAUAUUUUCCUCGUUUUGAAUAUGCCAACAUGAAAAUUCACAAUUGGAUGCAUGUAUUGCGUAGACGUAUCGCUCAUUUAAAUUUAUAUCAUCCACAAUUAUUGCCACUUUCUCUACAUUUAGACAAGAUUCGAAAAACGACUUUAUUUAGAAAUCAAUUAUUGAGACCAGCAAAACAUUUAACAAUAAUUUCAGAUCAAAAAGAAGGAACAAUUCCACCUCCACCACCACUACCACUUGUUCUUCGAAACACAUCUCCACUCUAUUCAAGUUUCAAUGAAAUAGAUGUUGAAGGUGUGAAUCCUUUCGAAAUGGAUUCUAUUGAAAAUUGUGAAUGGAUCUACAAGUUAGAAGAAUUGGAAAGGCACGCCAGGGAAGGACAUUGUGUCUCGUUUGUGAGAUCUAUGGAGAUACCACUUGUGCCAUUGAUGGGACUUCCAAUGCCAUUCAAUGGACCUCCUCCUUUACUGACUGGAAUUGGUGAUGAUAGUACUGGAAACAUUCCACCUCCACCUCCUCUACAAUAA